GCCAAGACACCCCGGAUUCGACUACAUAUAGUGCUCAGAUUACCAUGGGCCUUUUGUGUAUACCCUGAAUCUUUCUCCACUUUCACUGCCUUUGUAGCAAUCAUGACCAACAAUAUUGAUACGACCGACAAACCAGUCGAUGUACUCGACCGCACUCCUUCCUAUGCGGAAGGUCAGAUCCUUCCCAACGAUGUCAUCCACACCCAGCGUGGCAUCAAGUCCCGCCACGCUCAGAUGAUGGCCAUUGGCGGCACCAUCGGGACGGGUCUGUUUGUGGGGGUGGGUGAAGUGCUCGCCCGGGCGGGCCCUGCCAACAUUCUGCUCGCCUACAUUGCUAUUUGCAUCAUCGUAUAUGCCAUUAUCACCGCCACCAACGAGAUCAACACGUACCUUCCUUUCAGCGGCUGCUCCAUGGCUGCCUACGGCACCCGAUUUGUCUCCCCCAGCCUGGGCUUUGCCAUGGGUCUUCUCUACUGGUACAGCUUUGGUAUUCUCGUGGCAUACGAAGUGACGGCCGCCGCUUUGGUCAUCGACUACUGGCCCAACAGCGUCCCCAUUGCUGUCUGGAUUACCAUCAUGCUGAUCGUCGUUGUCGGUCUCAACUUCUUUCCGGUCAAAGUCUACGGCGAGACCGAAUUCUGGUUCGCUUCGCUCAAAGUCUUCCUCAUCCUCGGCCUCCUGAUCUUGUCCUUUGUCCUCUUCUGGGGCGGCGGUCCCAACCACGUCCGUCUGGGCUUCCACUACUGGAAACACCCGGGGGCAUUCAACACAUAUCUCGUCUCCGGCGACACUGGCCGCUUCUGCGCCUUUCUCUACACCCUGUGCUAUUCCGUCUUCUCCUUCAACUUUGCCCCUGAGCUUCUUGUCCUCGCCGCCGGCGAGAUGCGGAACCCGCGCAAGAACCUCCCUCGCGCGGCGAAACAAUACUUCUACCGGCUCAUCAUCUUCUACAUCCUCGGUGUCCUCGCCAUCGGCGUCAUCUGUCCCAGCAACGCCUCGGGCCUGACCACCGGCACCGGCGUCGCCGCCUCCCCGUGGGUGAUUGCCAUCCAACGCGCCGGGAUCCACGGACUCGACAGCGUCGUCAACGCCGUGAUCAUCACUUCGGCCUGGUCCUCGGCCAACUCCUACCUCUACAUGUCCAGCCGCACUCUCUACUCGCUCGCCAAGGCCGGCAGCGCCCCGGCCAUCUUCACCCGCUGCAACCGCCACGGCGUGCCCUACUAUGCCGUGCUCGUCAGCUCGCUCUUUUCGCUCCUCGCGUACAUGGACUGCAGUGCGGGUGCCAGCACGGCCUUUAACUGGUUCGUCAAUGUGACUAAUACGGCCGGGUUCACCUCCUGGACCUGCUGCGGGAUCAUCUUCCUACGGUUUCGUGCUGCCUGUAAAGCCCAGGGUCUGGCGGGUAAGGAUCUGCCGUAUCGCUCGUCGCUGCAGCCGUGGAUGGGCAUGAUCGCCACCGCCAUCUGUCCGAUUCUGUUACUGUGCAAUGGCUUCGAGGUGUUCUUCCACGGCGAAUGGAGUGUCUCUGGGUUUCUGACCUCGUACAUGGGGUUAUUUGUCUUUGUGACGGUGUUUGCAGCCCAUCGGAUCGUGCGGUGGCGCGACGGAUGGACGAUUCCAUCCGACCAGGUGGACUUGGUGUCUGGGUUGGACGAGGUGGAGGCCUUGGCUGAAGAGGAGACAGCCGAGAAGGGAUUUUGGAGACGGGUGUGGGAUUGAUUUCCAUUCUGUGAAUAUACCUUGUUUGAUUGAUAUUUA